CAAGCUUGUCAGACUGAAAUAUAUUUAGUAUAGUUCUUUAUAUUUUAGUAUAUAUUUGAUUAUAUUUUCUAUAAAAAUGUUCGACUUCCUACCAACAGUCGAAAACUGUUGUUUCUGUGUGAGGCUAAAAAUAGGCGCCAUACUUAUAGCCUUGUGCGGUAUCAUAGGUAUUGGCAGUUUCGGCUAUAUGACUUUGGCUAAGUUAUGCGGCGACGAGAGUGGUUUAAUGCCGGAUUUAGUAAAAUAUUUCUCAUUUGCUGCGGUAGCGUCAAACACAUUACUUACUAUAACCAGCAUUAUAUUCUUGAUAGCAGCGUGUAUGGAUCGUUUCGAAAUCACUGCGACACUAUUUCUUCUCGCCAUCCUAAUAUUCCUUAUUGUAAAUUUGGCGAGUAUUAUAGUGAUUGUUGUAGCUAUCAUCACAAGCAGCGGAUGUCGCCAGAACACCCUGUAUCUGUCAGCCCUUAUACUAUUCCCCAUUUGGUUUUACUUUAUGGUGGUCGUCAAGAGCUACAAAGAAGAAAUGAGUUGAAGAAAAUGAAAAAGGGAUCACCGAAUUUAUACAAUUAUGUUUGAUUGUAAAUAAAAUAAAUA